AUGCCGACCGUGAGCGUGGAGAGCGAAUGCUCACCACGCAAACAUGGUCGACGAAUGGCCCUCGUGCACACAGGGCAAGCGGCCGAGCGACCAGGCGACUCCGCACACGCCAACCACACGGCCGACGAACGGACCGUGCGUGUGGGCGAAAGGUGGCAGACGGAGAUGGUGGGCAGGGCCAGGGCGUGCGCAACACGCGCUGACCGUGAGGGCGCGGGCGCGGGUGUGGGCGCGUCGAGAAGUCCGGACCUGCCGCAGACCCGACACCGACAGUACAUCACCCGUGGUUUACCGCCAACACCGGUGGCAAACCCGGGUAGGGUACGGGUAUGA